CUCGUCCCUUCCUAUCCAUUCGUUAUGUCUAAACCGCUCAACUCAGAUCGUAAACCAAAAAGCCGUCAGCUAGGAGACCCUCCCCCUCCAGUAUCCCCACCAAUGGCUACUAUUCAAGAUGAUGACGAGCUUCUGCUCGCCCGAAUUGGCUAUAAGCAGGAGCUUCGAAGAGAAUUCUCUAAAUGGUCGACUGUGUCAUAUGCUAUUAGUAUACUGGGAGUUCUUGGUUCAGUCCCAGCAACAUUGGGUCAACCUCUCAUAGUUGGAGGCCCGGCAACUGCGGUAUGGUGCUGGCUAAUCGGCUCUAUUAUGGCUCUGGCCAUCGGUAGUUCCGUCGCGGAACUAGUGUCUGCGUAUCCUACUGCAGGUGGCAUGUACUAUGUGACGAAGCAUGUGGUACCCCCCGAUCAAGUUCCGCUCUUUGCUUGGACACAAGGAUGGUGCAACCUGCUGGGCCAGACAGCGGGUGUGUCUUCAGUCGCGUAUACCGUUUCCCAGAUGUUGCUUGCGUGUGUUAGCAUGAACUCGGAUCUUAUCGAUGGCGAAUACUCAUAUUCACCAACCGCUCUCCAGACAGUGCUAGUAUCUAUUGGGAUACUGCUCGUCCUGGGUAUCAUAUGUUCGCUGACGACGAAAACCUUGCAUCGAAUCAUCCUUUGGUUUGCUCCAAUUAACAUUUUGGCUACCAUCGGCAUUUGCGUUGCACUCUUGUAUCUCACCCCAGAUAAGCAACCGGCCUCAUGGGUCUUUACCCACUUCACCGACGGGUCUGGAUGGGGAUCAAAGGUGUUCUCAUUCUUUUUGGGCUUCUUGUCUGUGGCAUGGACAAUGACCGAUUACGAUGGGACGACUCACAUGUCUGAGGAAACGCACGAUGCUGCCGUGCGUGGUCCAGUCGCUAUAAAAACCGCCGUGCUGGUAUCUGGAGCCUUUGGAUGGCUUCUAACAGUCAGCAUGUGCUUCUGCUUGACUGAUUUCGAGGGUAUCCUAAAAUCUCCGACAGGUCUACCUGCUGCUCAGAUAUUCCUGAAUGCAGGUGGAAGGACGGGCGGCACAGUGAUGUGGGCAUUCGCCAUCCUCGUGCAGUUCUUUACCGGCUGUUCAGCCAUGCUGGCUGAUACACGAAUGGCAUACGCCUUUGCUCGAGAUAACGCACUCCCAUUCUCCGACUUCUUGGCCAAGGUCAAUCCUUAUACUCACACCCCAGUCAACGCAGUCUGGUUUGUGGUUUUCUUCAGUAUUUCCCUGAACUUGAUCGCCAUCGGGUCAACCGAGACUGCCCUCGCCAUUUUUAGUGUCACCGCUCCCGCCUUGGAUAUAUCAUAUGUGUCCGUCAUCUUGGCACACCAAAUUUACAAGCACAAAGUCAAGUUCAUCGAGGGACCAUUCACCCUCGGGAGAUGGGGUACUCUUAUCAACUACAUUGCAGUAGUCUGGGUGCUAUUUAUUAGUACCAUCCUCUUCUUCCCAUCACAGCUGCCUGUGACACCUGCCAACAUGAACUAUGCGAUCUGUGUGGCAGCUUUCAUUGCCGUAUUCGCCUUUGUCUGGUGGUUCGUUGCAGCCAGAGGCAAAUACACUGGUCCUCAGACCAACGAUAUUAUUAACGAAAUUCCCAGCGAGGACAACGAGGAUGACUGCGAAGAGCCUGAUGAUUUCUCGGUUUGAGAUGUCGCAUUUCAUCAGACAUGAGUACAUGUUGAUAUACAUUUGCAUUUCUUGCUGUUAAUGAAAUAGACGAAUACCGGCUUAGAGAGGGAAGAUUGGAGUUCAGUUGAUUUUUUGUUAGAUGUUUUCGGGUCAAUAUGUCGUAAUGUUUAAGCUGACAGUGUCAUUCCAUGUGUUAUGAUAGAUAGAGGCAAAUAAAAUCUUUGAGGCAAG